GUCCAUAAUCACGGUUGUGCCGAUAACACGAGUAGUACUGGUGCUGGGAAUACUAGAUAGAACACUACACAAGAAAGACUACUGCAGCAAACAACAGCUGUAAAAUGCAUCAAACAAGUUUGAAUGAUCCAAUAUCAAAAACUUUCCUUUGUUUGAUAGCUUCGAGAUUAUUGUACGAUACAUUCUAAUUCACGAUUACGAUAAGUACGAUUCAUUCUAAUUCUAAUAAAGUGAUCCUAAGGAAAAUUAUUUGUGAUAUGAUAAAUUAUACAGCAUCACCAAUCAUCUCUAUCUAACAUCUAUAGCGAGCAGGAACGAGAGGAAACCAACCAAAUAUGCAUCACAAAUGAUUUUUAACAAAUUUUUGCUAUUUAACUUGAUGAGAGCUAACCCGUCAUAUAAAAGGGUGUGUAGGGUACACCCCCACGUGUUAGUAGACGAAUAGUAAUCGAUGCAUGUUGCAUAUUUAUUGUAGUAGAUGAUGUGGUUAAUAUAUUUAUUUGAGACAUUUCAGGAUAUGGAAUAGCGAUGAGACCCAAAAGACAAUGGAAGCUGUAAAAUGAGGUUGUAUGAAUGGGAUAACUGAAUGUUGAGUGUUAUAUCUAUUUUACCCCAAGGCCAAGCAUCUAUUGAUGGCGUGUUGCUUCAAAUUAUCCUGUAUAUAUCACUAUGGACUGUCUAUGGGCGUGUUCUUCAUUUAGUUUGCUUGAUUCCAUGCAGGGCGUAUUUUUCUUCAACAUCGUUCAAUGGACUCCGAUCAAGUACCUGGGCUACUCAUAUCCAUUCUGGGCGCACGCCUUCGGCUGGUUUACUGCACUCUCGUCAAUGUUGUGCAUUCCCGGCUAUAUGAUCUGGCUGUGGAGAAAUACUCCGGGAGAUCGCGCCAAUAAAAUUCGACUGAUCGUUCGAAUCGAAGACAGCGUGAGCCAACUCCGCGAGAGAAUGCAAGCCGAUGCCGAGAAGGGCAUGGAACUGUAGAAAAAGACGCUCUGUCCUCCAUUAAACCACUUCCGCUGGCUUUAUCCAGCGGAUCUUUUGACCACUCGAAAUCAUUAUAUAUAUUAUUCUUUCCUUUCACUGUUCUUUUUAUGCAAUUAUCGAAUCGACCAACCGAUAUAUAUUAAACCAGUUUUUGAAUGUAACGUAAGUAGCAGAUCCAUCUCCCUGGUAAAAAUAUAGUAUGCAUUGUAUUUCAUUCGAACCAAAUCAAUCAUCCGAACCAUUAACUUUUGAUAGUGAGUGAAACAUUCAAUAGUUAAGAAGUAUACAUCGAGAUAAUAAAUUUCUGUCGACAUGCCUGAUUUAUAUAGCACUUUCUUUUCUAUUAGUAAUUAUAAACUCAUCCUGGGACUUACUUCGGAUUUUUGCUCAGCAUCCAUAAGUAUACAGAAUAACGGACAUAUUUUGUGGUAUGU